CCCAAUUAACACGAAAAAUAAUAAUAAUAAUAAUAAUAUGAAACAUCAUUAUUAUAAUAACAUUCACAUGAAACCUCCCCAUAUAAAAAUUGCAAGAGUUUUGACUUGUGAGCGACAUGAUGUUGUUGUUAAAACGAAAACCAAACAAGGAGCGAAGAAGAAGAAGAGAUGGCCGACAGCACCAACCACCACCACCUCGGAGGCGCGUCGACGAGCGGCGGCGGAGGAGGAGACGACGGCGGCGGCGGGGGUUGGUCGAGGGAGCAGGCGGAGAGGCUGCUCCCGAUCGCCAACGUGGGGCGGAUAAUGAAACAGAUCCUGCCGCCGAACGCCAAGGUGUCGAAGGAGGCGAAGGAGACGAUGCAGGAGUGCGUGUCGGAGUUCAUCAGCUUCGUCACCAGCGAGGCGUCGGAGAAGUGCCGGAAGGAGCGGCGGAAGACGGUCAACGGCGACGAUGUUUGCUGGGCGAUGGGGUCGCUGGGGUUCGACGACUAUGCUUCGCCUCUCCGGCGGUACUUGCAUCGGUAUAGGGAGGUGGAAGGGGAGAGAUCGACGGCUGGUGGUAAUAACAAUCAGGGCGGCGGCGGCGGAGGAGGAGGAGGGCGGCGGUAUGAGCAUGAUGAUGAUCCGGCCGGCGGCGGCGGUGGAGGGGGAGGGCCUAGUUCGUUCAAGUUUGAUGGGAUUUGAUUUUUUUUGUUUUGUUGACUAGUGGGGUUCUUCACUACUUCUUCUUUCUUCUUCUUCAAUUGAGGGCAAUUUUGUUUUUGAGUUAGCUAGAGAAGAGAAAUUCAGAAGGUAUAAAUACUUUCUUUUUUGUUGAAGGCUAGAUUUCUUGAUGAGAUUUUAUCAAUUGGGUUUGAUCUAGUGUACAAGUUUGGGGGUUAGAUUGUUUCUUUGGGUUGGGAGGGGGGGGGGGGGGUUGAUCUUAUUAUAUGUCUGGAUUCAAACUAUCAUUGUUUCAUGGUUAGAUUAGAUAUUUGAGCAAUUGAAACAUGUAGAUUUGAGGAAUUGGGAAUGAAUUGGUGAUGAUGUUUCGGAUUAUCGUUGAAUCUAUGUUUCACAUGAUUGUCCAGAUUGUUGCAGAAAGUAACGAUGAGAGUUCCUUUUCAGCAGGAAAGAACACAGUUUAAGAAGUCUUCUUUGAUAGAGCAGAACACACUCUUGUUGUCCUUUGAUUCGUCAAGUAAAUCUGUUAGUUUCAGCGUUGAUGAGCUUGAAAGCAUGUGAUUCUCGGUGUCUGUACGUUGUACAAGAAAAGAAGCGUAAUUUUUUAGUUUAUGGGUGAAUGUUUUUGAAAUUCUCCAAGAAAGGAAGAGAAAUUUGUAAUUCAUCGAUGACUACACAUCCAAUGUUUUACAGAAAUAAUAAACUAAUUCGCAAUCAUUCAUUCACUUAACUAGGAUAUUCAUAUAUGGUAUGUUAUUGUUUGUAGACACAAAACCGUUUUCCAGUUUUCUGGAGUCUAAGAACGUAGUUCCGACUUUUUAUCUCUAUCUAAAAAAACAAUAAAUCAUUGAAAACAUACUUAUUGCAAUUCAAGUACAUUUGAUUGACAUUUUUAAAACAUAAUCCAGAAUUUACUAGUAGGUUUUGCUAUAUUCUAUAGCUAUAUAUCUAGCGGUCAACUCAUCACAAUUUAGACAAUAUCACCUCUACCUCUAUGUACUCAUCAAGCCCAAUAAGUUUAGGAACACUAACAAAUUGUUGGGUUUGCUAGUAUCUCCAAAUUAAUUCGGAUAUUGUCAAUAUGGAGUAUCUGUUAGUAAACGGUAUAUGAUCCACAAUUGAAUCUCUUCCAACAACUCGAGUUAUUCGGACGAUCAGUUUUCAUGAAGGGUGGAUCAUUUCUUCCAAGUCAUAGUAAUUUUGUAGUUACCAUAGACAUACUCUUAAUCUUUAACUAAUUGUUGUGUGCAAAUAACCUAUUUGUCAAUCUUCUUCCCAGUUUAUAUAAUUUCUUGGAUACUCGAUGAAGAUGAAGUGAUGACAAAACCUUGAAAGAAUUAAUGGGUGAUGAAAGUGAUGGCGGGAAUCAUUUGUUUCCUCCUUAGCAACAAGAAGAAUAUGAAAUCGGAUAAGGUCAGUCAAUAUGAACCAUAUGAAAUAUCUGCUAGCUAUUCUAUUAUUAUUAUUAGUAUUACUUUGGCCAUAUUUGUGGUAUACUCUGGAUUUUAGGUGAAUGGUCACUGAAACUAGAUCUAAUAAUCAAAAUUUUAAAUUUAAUCACUGGUAUUUGUUUACAAUAUAACUAAUCUAUUCAUAUUUUGUUUAUGAAACUCAUUUGAUAAAUCCCAAAAGUUCUACACAACAAGUUUUUAUAGGGGUCGUUUGGAAGUUGCUAUUGUUUUGUUGAGAUUUUCAUUAUCCAUGUAUUGUUUACAAUGCAUCGUUUUUUUUUGUUUUUUUAGCAGAAAAAAUACAUGGAUUGUUUCUAUGAUGUGACAGAAACUAUCACUCAUUUUGGGUGAUUGUUAUAUCUCAACUUUUAGUUGUGAUUGUUGAGUUGAGAUUGUUUUGUCUAAGCUUUUAGUUGAUGCGACAUACACAAUCACACAUACUAAACGUUGUAUUCUACAAUGCAUCAAAUUCGACAAUACAUGUAUAAUAUUAUACAUGCAUUCUCAACAAUACAUCUAUUUAACAAUC